GCAUCACCCAAUUUUUACUUGAUAUUUUUUCUUUUUUUGUUACAAUNUUUCAUAAUCAUUUUUCUUGAAAACUGGUUUGAAUUCGACAGAUUGAGUCUUUUUUACCUGUUUUCAAUCGUCGUCUCCAAGUAACUGAAUCAAGAUUUGCAGACCAAGCUCCCACCUUUCAUGGCCAUAUAGGUAUAUAGCAAAGCAGCUGAGGAAAAGGGAUCACAUCAUGUUGCCAGCUGUUCAGACUUCAUCCCCUCGGCAUAGCCUUUCUUCAAGAAACAAGGUCCAAAACACCAUUGGGCCCGGCCCAAACUUCCUCGACAAGCUCCCCUGCCAUCUCUUCUACGCGCACCUCCUCCUAAUCACGGCCCUCAUAGCCUUCCUCGCUAUCCGGGCUGCCCUCUUCCCAGGCCCGGCCCGAAACUUCCACCCAAGAAUAUGGUACGCCAUAACCCUCUCCACAACUGCCCUGUCAGGACUCUCGGCACUCUCAUAUCAAGCACUCGUAAACCUCAGCCCCUCAAAAACCUUCAAAACCACAUUCUGGCUAAGCCCGCUCCUCACCUGCGCGUACGGCAUACUACUCGUCUUGAUAGGCACUCCCACGAGCCUAGCAGCUGGAGUCCUCACGAUAAUCUGUUCGGUCACACAAUCUCUCUACGCUUGCUGGGCCAGCCCAAGAUUUACCCACGCCACGAAAAUCCUCUCGAUUUCCCUCGCAUACCAGCCUCCGAAAACGAAAUCGGCCGUAAUCAUAUCCGUCUGCGCUAGCAUUCUCUUCUCGUCUCUACUCAUGUCCGGUUUAGGAAAUUCAACAACCAAGCUCGAACCUUUAUUCGUUUUCUUGAUCCUCGCAAGCCUUGUGUGGACAAUGCAGAUAAUCAAGAACACGAUGCAAGUCGCAGUCUCGCACGUCAAGUACAUGCAGUUCGCAUGUGGGGUGGAGGUCGAUUUCGGGCCGGUCGCGAAAGCCACGGCCCGGAACUCGAUGGGGAGCAUCUGUGCAGGCUCGAUUCUCGUGCCAGCUGUCACGGCUGCCCGAGCUGCGGGUCGGGCCGUGGGGUCCGUUUCUGGGGAUUCGGACGAGUUCAUGUUCUCGUGCGCGGGAUGUUGCGUGGGGGCUUCAUCGAGGGCUGUAGCGUACGGGAAUAGGUGGGGAUUUGUACAUGUUGGGGUGUAUGGGAAGGGGAUUAUUCGGGCCUCAGGCGACACGUGGGAGAUGUUCGGGCGGGCUGGGAUGGAGGAUUUGAUUGACCGUGAUCUCACGAGCUCGUUUUGCUUCCUGUGUGGGGUUGCGAGUGGGGCUGUGUGUGGAUUGGUUGGUGGGGUUUGGGCGCUUUUCGUUCACGGGAGGUUUGCGACGGAAGUUUCUGUGUACGCUUUCUUGGUUGGGUAUUUCACGGUGCGUGAGAUCACGACUUUCGACCUUUCAAGGUACGUGUUUUUGAAUAGAGUGGCAAUGGCAUGGAUACAAGCUAGUGUUAUGGCGUAUUAUGUUGCUUAUGCGGAAAAUCCACAAAGCCAGCAGUUUGAUGAUACUAUCCCAGCUUACAUCAGGCAGCUUCAAAGAUCACAAGUUCAGAAAACGAUAUGGCAUGCAAAUGGCAAGGAACAAAUCUUGCUAUGUCUUUUCAUAGGUUUAGAACGAAUGAUUCAACUGAAGGAUGUGCUACUUCUUGUGACUCUUGAUUUUGAUGCAACUAGUAUGGUGAGAAGCAAACCUUGUCCACGAAGCCAGUUCAAAUAUGUCCCCGGCCACCACAUUCCGAGCACAUUGUAUUCCCCGUUCCUCCACAACCUGAAUGUUAAACCGAGGAUAGGUUAA